AUGGCAAGCUCAUCUUGGAAUAGUUAUAGAGACAUCUUCGCAAGCGGAAAAGUCAAAAUGAUACUUGGAAAUGUUUUCUUGAAUCAAUCCCCCCCAUCCCCGUGUAACUACAAUGGCCACUACGCAUUUUCCUCCUUCCCUCCGGUUACCACUUUUGUACCACGACCUAGCCUACGCGACAAGAUACAUGAGCAGCUCACACGCGAAAGGACUCAGGAUGAUGGACAGGGUCCAAGAAUUGUUGUUGUGUGGGGGCUAGGUGGGGCCGGCAAGUCGCAGCUUGUCCGAAGCUAUCUUCAGCAACACAAACACGAAUACAGCGCAAGCUUCUGGAUUGAAGCAUGUCGGAAAGAAACUAUUGAGCGUGCCUUCCGGGAAAUCUACCACUUACUGUUCAAAGUAACUACGGACGGGGACCUGAAGAGUGAAGAUGCAGUGUUGGCAGUUAAAAACUGGUUCAUUGAGCGAGAAGGCAGGUGGCUAUUUGUUUUCGAUGGCGCAGAUGGCAUCGAUAGUAUGGAUGCAAAUGAAGAGGCAGAUGAUUUCGUCGAUAUUCGGCACUUUAUCCCAGAUAAACCAUCCAUUGAUGUCAUCCUUACCACCCGAAGCUCAAGUGCCGAAGGACUGACGGCACUAGAAAUGGUGAAGGUAGCCGAAAUGAAACCAAGGGAGGCGGCGAAACUGUUCAAAAACUGCUCAAAGAUAGAUGAUAAAGGCGGUAAUGAGGCUGCGGUUAAAGAAAUCGUGGAGGAACUUGGCUACUUCGCGCUCGCAGUCAGCCUAUCUGGGACAUACGUAUGUAAUACUCCACGGCUGAAGCUGCAUCUGGGAAAAUACCUCGAUGAAUACCAAACGCGACGAAAAGAGAUACUUGCUCGGAAGCCUAACUCGCUCGUCCACCAGUACGGAGAGAGUGUUCUUACCACAUGGGAGACAACGUUUGAUGCAGUCACCCAGAAGUGUAUUCAGACAUCAAAACUUCUGACCCUACUAGGGUUUAUUAACUUUGACGACAUAUUCAUUGACCUCUUUGUACCUACGAGCCAAGGCAAUGGCUACGAGCAGAAUGGAGAGAAUGGAGCAGUGGUUGCAUGGUAUGACAGAAUAUUUGAAGGAGCGAAACCCGACGUGCAUACCAUAGAAAAUAACUUUGAGAUCCUGCAGUCGUAUGGCCUUCUUCAGUGGAAAUCGGACCAGAGCUACACUAUGCACAAGCUCGUACACGCUUGGGCGCUUGACAGACUUCUUAUAGACGACCAGCGCAGCUUCGUGCUUCCGUCAUUGCGCCUCUUGUUCAACGCAAUAUCAAAAGCCGGCCACAAGCCUGAAGCGCGGCAGCGACUUGUGCCACACAUUAUGGCUAAUUUUAAGGCGGUUUCCAAGGCAAAUCUAGAAGACUCAGAUAGAGAAGUUGCUGUUAGACUCUUUAGUACAAGUGGCAACUUCCUGUACAAUGCGGGGCAUUGGGUAAAGGCGUAUAGCAUACAAGAUUUCGUGUACUCUGAGACGCUUAAAAUGUGGGGCGACAGCAAUCAACAAACUAUCUCAGCAAUGAGCAACCUUGCCAGCACGCUGGGCGAUCAAGGCAAGCUGGAGGAAGCAGCAGCGAUGAGGAAGGAA